AUGAUAAAAAAAUGGCAUUCCCAAGAACACUAUCGAGUUCGGGCAUUUGAUCCUCGCCUUUCCGACGGCACCCUAGUGACUCCCAAAGAUGUCCAAUACAAUAAAGACAGUGGCACGUCCUACUUUGAAUAUCCCGAAGCCGAUUUUGUGUCUCACGAAACCGGAGUUUACUCCCCAAGAGCAUUCGUGGUAGCAGUUGAUGACUCGCCUCUUAAUACUUAUGGUACUAUUGCUCGACCAUCUGGAGAAAAACAUACGAACAACUACUCAGAGUUAAUGGCCAUACUCCAUGCACUCGAGCUCCUUAAACAUCAUAGCGGAUUACGAAAUUAUAUCUCCGAACACCCCCUCUUAAUUCACCAUUCGUUUAGAGUAGACGUCAUCAUCAUUACGGAUUCCAAGUUCGUACAUAGCUGUCUUACCUCGUGGCUUCCAAUCUGGUUGAAGAACGGAUUCAGGACAGUAGAGGGGAACUCAGUGGCAAAUAAAGAUCUCAUUUUACGCAUCCAUCACAUGAUCGAGCUACUUUCAGAUAAUGUUGAUAUCCAACUCUGGCAUGUUGGAAGGGAGCAUAAUCGAGAUGCGGACGAACUGGCUGUUCGAGCACUUCGUACUCAGACUACAAACCAGGUACAAGAUAUUGCCUCAUCAAGUCUUCGUACUCAGACUACAAACCAGGCACAAGAUAUUGCCUCAUCAAGUCUUCAACACUUCAGAUCUGGGAUUAUCCACCGUGCUCCUCGAAUGAUACAUUUGGCGCAUGAGAUCGGGAUUUUUCCUCAAAAUAACUGCAUGGAGAUGGGUUUGGGAGGAAUAAUCAUGUCCAUGGUAUUAGCUGGAAAAGAUCGUGGAGCAAACUUCAAGACUCUCUUUGGACCCGAAUACAGGAGUGAUAGUUUGUACGUUAUGUAUCGAAAACUCGGCCGUGCAGUUCUUUACCUUUCUCUAGAUGAGCCUGGCCACUAUUCAUAUCCUGAUAGUGUCAUCUGGACGGCUAGGAGUACAUCCAUGUACCAAUUUGCAGGCAAACAUCCUCGACCGAUUGACACAUACGAGGCAAGAAAGCUACGAGAAUGGUGUAUUGACAGUCGAUUGUUCUCGGAUGGGAAACUUCUCACUUUGCUGUUGGAACUUAUACAUACGAUUCGAUUAACAUUCGGUCUUGAUGUCAGUCUCGGAAGUUAA